UUGAAUGAUGAAAUCGCGAGCUGGAAAGUGCUCGGUUCCCAUUUUAGUUAUGUGCAUUUAGCUUACCUCAUCAUCGCCGCGUUAAGCAUCGGGCCGACAGUGCACUGGAUUAUUCUUCACGGUGGUCUGGACAAUGACCAUGUUCUGAAAUGGUUGCCAAACCUGCUGAUAUUAUAUGCAGCUACGGGAUCUGCAUUCCUCUUUCACGUAUCGAUGGUUCCAGAACGAUUCCUACCUGGCACAUUUGAUAUGCUUGGGUACAGUCAUCAGUGGUGGCACGUGCUAAUCCUCGUAGCAAUGGGAUUUUGGCAAAAAAUCAGCCUCGAUUAUUUGGCGCUGCACCGCUCGUAUCCGCACUAUUGCUUUACGCAUCACGGAUUGCGGAAUCUAACUAGCAGCUGA